AUGGCGGCUACAUUUGCAGUCAAAACCUUGGACCAUCUUGUUCUAACAAAAAUCAAUCUUCAUCAAUCGGGUAAUGAGUUUGAGCCGAAGGCCCAGAAUGUUCAGCCUGGAAGCGCGGACCUGUACUUUGUGACGGAUGAGAGUGUCGAGACAGUUUUGCAAGCUUUCCGAGAUGCUAAAAUUGAGGCUUACUAA